AUACAAGGAUGAUGAUAUAUAUAUAAAUGAUAAGAAUUUUUAAGCACUAAAAACUGCAGUACACAGCAUCCAACAAAGAAAGCUUAUAUGUUAAGAAAAAAAUUGCCACUGAUCAUCAAAACCCUAAAAAUAUAAUAAAACAAAAAGAGGAUGAGAAUAAAAAAGCAAAUAAAUAUACAAAAGCCUCUCCUAGCUUUCCUCCCUCUCUCUUUAAUUCUCUUUUCUCUUUCUCUCUUUGCUUUCUCUCUUUCUUUCUUUCUUUCUUGGCUCUGGUAGUAUUCCCUUGGGUGUGAUUCUCCACCAUAUUUUCCUAAAGAGCAAUCAAACUUUAUAAAAGAAAAAAAGAAAAAAAUAAAUAAAACCAUGGUUUUCUCAUCCAUUCCAGUAUAUUUAGAUCCUCCCAAUUGGCACGUCCAGCAACAAAAUCAUGAACAAUAUCAACAACACCAACAACAAUUAUCACGCCUUAUUUCACCUGAAAGCGGCAGAGGCGGUAGCGGCGGCCAGCUUCCUCCACUGCCGCCACCUGCCCAACUUAUUCCGUCACAUCAUGUUGGUGGUGGUGGUUCUGAUUCCCUUUCCAACGGAGGAACUGGGACAGGGUCGAUCAGACCAGGUUCCAUGGCUGACCGAGCCCGGUUAGCGAAAAUACCACAGCCCGAGACAGCUCUCAAGUGUCCACGAUGUCAAUCCAGCAAUACAAAGUUCUGUUAUUUCAACAACUACAGUCUCACUCAGCCCCGCCACUUCUGCAAGACGUGUCGCCGCUACUGGACCAGAGGCGGCGCCCUCCGCAACGUUCCAGUCGGCGGGGGUUGCCGAAGAAACAAGAAAACAUCUAAAAGCAGCAGCAGGGGCUCGAAGUCUCCAGCUGGCAAUAAUUCAGGUGAUCAGAACAAGCAAACAGCGGCUGGUUCGUCUUCUUCGACCUCGACUGGUGGGGGCGGCCUAAUUAGUCCCUCAGCAGAUCCGAUGAGUGGUCAUAAUAAUAAUAAUAACAACACCUCCUCGUUCUUGGCCUCUAUGCAAAACCUAACCCGAUUCGGCUCUGGAAACUUGGGCUUAAACUUUACUGCGAAUAAUAACAACAAUAAUAAUGAUCAUCAUCAGAUCCAAGCUGGUGGGAGUGAUUUAGGGUUUCAGAUAGGAUCGGAAGUUGUGGAUCAGUGGCGUUUGCAGCAAUUCCCUCUAAUGGGCGGUGGUCAUCAUGACUUUGAGUCACACCCAGGUAAUAAUAACUUAUACCCUUUUCAAGGCAGUAGUGGUACCAGUGGUAUGGUCGAGGUUGGAGAUAAUCAUGAUGACCAUCAAAUGAGUCAUGAUCAUAGCAAUAUGAUGUUUAGGUCUAGGGUUUCACAGUUAAUCCCUCAAGUGAAAGUUGAAGAUCACCGGGGUAAUCAAUUAUUAGUCGGUGGCGGUGGGCUUAAUCUUUUACGACCUAAUUUGGGUCUUUCAUCAUCAGAAAAUAAUAACUACUGGGGGCCGAGUAAUGGUAAUACAGCUAGCUCUACACAGUGGACAGAUUUAUCAACUCUCAACACUACUAAUAUCAAUACUUCCACAACCCAUCCUCUCUUGUAAGUACUUUCGUUUGGAUUAUAUGUUGGAUAAAACCACAUCCAGCUUAGAGAUCUCUCUCGACGGAUAAUCAUCAUCUCAUCUUCAUCUUUAUGUGUCAAAAAAUUAUCAGUACUCGAAAUCAAAUUUUAUAAUUUGGUUGUCUUGUGUGUAUUUGUGUCGACUCUCUUAUAUAUACUAUAUUAUUAUAAAUUUGUUUGAUUAUAAUUAGUUUUAUUGUGAUAUAUAUGAUGGAGUUUGAGUAGUAUAGUAGUAGUACAUUGAGUACGGUCAUCGUGGGUUUGUUUGUAGUAAUAUAUAUAGUAGUAGCUAUAGUAUAUCGUGUCCUGUAAGUUAGAUAUUAUAUGGGGUUGACAAGUAUUAA